CUUGGGUGUCACCUUCCGUCAGGCGUCUCUUGCGAGGCGUGGAAAAUGAAGGACAAUGGAAUUCAUCAACGACGCAAUCGACUGACCUUCUUGGCCUCAUCACUCGUGGGGAGGACUGAGUGGAUACAGUAAGGGACACACAGUUAUAUUAUAUAUAUUAAAGAUGGAGACUCCCUGGAUUGAUGCUUGGAUUCGGUGGGAGCGAGAUUCCAAAGAAGUGGUAGCUGAAGACGAAGACGAAGACGAAGAGCAAGGGGAGCCUUUGCCUCCCACGGAACAGUUUUCGUUUUCGUAUCAGUUGCCGGGCAAUAAUGAUGACAUUGUCUUGGAAUUGAAGGGCUUCCCCUCCGAAUCAGAGCAAAUUUGGAACUCUACCGGUCUCACGCUAUGGCCAUGUUCCCACUAUCUCUGUGAAUACCUGUUGGAACAUCAUGCCACUCUUUUACAGCCACCGCCACCAAGCCAAGAAACAUGCACGGAAUCAAGUCAACAACCGCCACAACAGCAAGUGGUGCUGGAAUUGGGGUCCGGAUUGGGGCGUUGUGGAUUGUUGGCCUAUCAUUUGUUAUUGUUGAGAAACAACAAGACUGCAGAUGAAUGCCACUGUAGUACCCACGUGUAUCUCACGGAUGGGGAUACCGAUACCCUCAAACAAUUGAGGGACAAUGUGCAACACAACACCAAACAACCUGCCAACAAACAUACAAAUAAUGACACAACAACAAUAUCAACCAACACUACAAUUUCCUGUCAUCAACUCCUCUGGGGAACGGAGACUACCAAAGAAUUUUGCCAAGCACACAAGAAUGUGAUUCUUACAGAUGACAGUGAUAAUAAUCAAGGAAGCAACAACAUUCGCCUGGUUUUGGGAUCCGAUCUCAUCUAUGUCCCACAAGUCAUCCAACCACUCUUUGAAACAGUUAAGGUAUUGCUUUCGCAUACUCAUGACAAUGACAACACUGCUGCCAGAUUCCUCAUGGCACAUUCCAAUAGACGACAAGGAUCUUCCGUGACAUUGGAAAUGGUGCUGGAAGGAGCCACCAACGCAGGAUUGUCCCACGAAAUUGUCAUGGAAUCGCCGCCUCAAGAGGGGAUCUAGUCAUUGCGUUUCGAAAAAGAAAACAACAACCUGAGCGGACAAGGUGGGUAGUACAACGAAACCCAAAUCAAGCUACAAGGUACAUUAUAAUAACCUCUGUGGAGCAAUGUACAGUAGGAGAAAGAAGCUGCGGUUUCACACGUCGUGAUUACUUGUUUUACCACUGUAUCAAACUUUUGAGCAAGAAGCGCUGGUACGAUACCCAUAUGCAGUUUUGCUUUCUAAAGAACUCCUUAUAAGGAGAUUCCUUCCCUCAUGGACCUGCUACAUGAGGUACAUGAGUGUCUUAGCAGGCAGUCUCAGAGGAAAAACCAAGAGCACUUAUCAUCUUGGUCCACAAUGGAAGAAUCGAAUCGACAAAUAAUUAUGUUUCGCAUUCUGAGUUGCUUUUUAGCGCACUCUCUUUAUGCUUGCUGUUGCUGUUUGGUGAGCCACGCAUGCAGAAUCUGUAAAAGUUCAGGAUCCAAUGGUUGCUUGCC